AUGUGGGAUCUUUUCGUGAAAAUCAUCGUCGUCGCCGGCAAAGAGGAACCUAGCUGCCUCAACAACAGCCUGAGCAACCUACCGAGAUGCCUCCUGUCUGUCCCACUUGGGUCUUCACCCCGACUAGUACUGCUCAACCUGGCUCACGGACUCGUGGGGUGGGGUGUGAAGCUUGAAGCCAUUGGCGUGGGAAACAUGAUGCUCCCUGUCGACCUGUCGAACGGAGAUCGUGGAGAGAUAUUCCUGAGGAAUGUGCUGCACUUCCCAGAUGCUGCUUGCAACGGCAUAGGGGGACCGAUCUUUAGCGAUUACAAUAUCGAUGGUACGGAUGGUAUGAACUUCGCCGACGAUGUUCAGACCCUGAGAGACGAUCAAGGUCGACCCUGCGCCUACUUUGAGCGGGGAUCCAAGAUCUUCUACAUUCUAAACCUAGGCGGACCACCUCGCGGUGCUAGGCUCGGCUCUUGUCCCCUGGAUGAGGGAAAGGGUUACAUGAUCGGCUUGUACUGGCCCGAGAACGAAAGAGUGCGUGUUGAAGUCUCCAAAGCGGAAGCUGGAGCUUUUCUAAGCGAUUCCGAGAGGGCGUGGCUCAAGGAGCACUGGGGAAACGAGUUCAAGUUUCUAGCAGCAUAUGGACUGAGCAUCUACGAUGAUGAGGAGCGCAAGGAAGGAAGAGACAUUAUUAGGAUGACAAUGGCCAAGGAGAAGGAGUCUCAAGAAUUGGAUAAGCAUGCUCACGCUGAUUCUCACCUUAUCGACCAUUACUUCUCCGACGACGAGCUCGAAGAGAUCGGGCUUCAAUUCGGGAACUCGCAGAAAUUUUUGGAGGAGUAUCUUGGGUUCAGCAUCCACAAUGCCGAACACUGCAGGGCGGCGAAGAGGAACAUCCGGGAGUUCAUGAGGUAA